CCAGUACUACUGCCACCCUCCGGCCUUCUUCUACUCAUCAGCGAGCAAGAACAGAGCGAGGAACAAAGCCGCCGGGGAGGACUUCAUCUCCAUAUAUCUCUUCCUUCGAUCUCGGUGCUGGCCAUGGGCGCUGCGAGGAGGGGUUCGGCCAUGGCCGUGGCGGCGCUGGUGGCGGCGGCGAUGUGGGCCGGGAUGGCGGCGGCGGCCUCGUACGAGGUGGGCGACAAGCUCGGGUGGACCAUCAUGGGCAACCCCAACUACGGCGCCUGGGCCAACUCCAAGAAGUUCCACGUCGGCGACACCAUCGUGUUCACGUACAACAAGCAGUUCCACAACGUGAUGGCGGUGAGCAAGGCGGACUACAAGAACUGCGACGUGACGAAGCCGAUGGCCACCUGGUCCACGGGCAAGGACUCCGUCGUCCUCAACACCACCGGCACCCACUACUACCUCUGCGGCUACCCGGGCCACUGCGGCAUGGGGCAGAAGGUCGCCGUCCACGUGUCCGCCGCCUCCUCUGACGCCCCUUCCGCGGCACCCUCCAUGGCGCCCGCGCCGGCAUCCUCCUCCGGCUCCGGCGGUAGCACCGCCGGCCGCGCCGCCGCCGCCGCGCCUUCGCCGAACAAAAACGCCGCGCCGUCGACCGUCGGAUGCUCCGUCGCCCUGACCGCCGCCGCGUCCGUGCUCUCCGUCGCCGCCGCCGGCCUCAACCUCCUGUAGUCGAGUCAAGGACAUGGGUGUCUCGUCUCGCCUUGUGAAUCGUGAGCUUGCGUUUGUGACCGCCGCAUGAGCACUGCGUAUGAGCUUCCGGAGUCUGCGUUCCGUUUCUUGUUUUUGCCUCUUGUUCCAUAUAAACUCUAGUCUGAUUCUGUGGGUCCUGGUUUGAUUUGGGAGUUUGUGCCGGUUGCCGUCGGUUUUAGUUCUAUCAAUUGAGCACUCGUAUUAUCUCA